CAAAUUCCUCUAAAUUUUCGUCAUUUUUGGACUUUUUUCACUGAUAAUCCGCACAAAUUUCGUGCCAAACCACGUUAAAAAGGCCUUUAUAUACAAAAGUGAUGAAAAAAUAAUUAAAAUUAAAUAAAAAAUAAUUUUUCAUUAAACAUCAACAUUUUUGUCGCAUUUUGUAGUUUUUUGUGUGAAAACCUUUUAAAAAACUCAAAAAUUAUCAAUUACUGAGUGAAUUAAAGCGUACAAAAACUAAAAACAUGAAAAUUUAUCAAAAAAUUUAGUGAACCAAGUCAUGUACAGAAUAUAGAGAAAAGUGCACGCAAAAAAUCAAUCGAACCAAUUUGUACAAAACAACUUUCCGUGUUUAAUGUUUAUUGCACUUAUGAGUAUUUAGGUCGUUGUCGCAUCCAAAAAAAAAGCAGCAAGAUGCGUUUUAACGCCAAAGAAUUAGCAACUUUAGCGCAGCAGCCAAGCCACAAAUUCGACAAGGAAGGAAUUUUGUUCGUAACUGAGAAGCAGGAUGGAUUUUUUAAGCAGAGAGAAGAAAAAUCGAAUCAAAACUCGUUACGACGCAAAAGCAUGAGCUGCAUUGCCGGAAAAGUCAGCACUGAAAAAUUCUGCCGUCUCCGGGGAAAUCUCUUAUUUUACUUCAAAAGCAUCGAUCAGUUCUCGGAGCCACAAGGAGUUAUCGUCCUCGAAAAGUUCACAGUGACUACUUAUACGAACAACAAGGAAUACGAUGGAUUUGUCUUCUAUUUAGAAUUUAACGAUGGACUGAAACAAAGAUUGGCGUGCCAUACAGACGUCGAGCGUUCCGACUGGAUCGAAGCCAUAAAAUUGGCGAGUUACGAAGUGAUUCGGACCCAAAUGCAUUCCUUGCGGGAACAAAUCGAACGGAAACGAGGCAAUCGCCAAGAUGUGGAUGUCGAAGUCGUUCGCGUGCAGCAAAACAAAGAAAUAGACAUCAAUGAGAUUCCUCUGUGCGAAGUUUCAUUUCAAUGUGAUAAUUUGCUCUGUGACGCUCACGGACGUCCUCCGAACCCUUCGAUCGUUGUUCACGUUCGAAAUUCCGACGCCAACGGCUGGAUCAAGUACGGCAGAACGGAAAUUGUCGAGAACUCAUCCAAUCCGCAAUUUAGUUGCACUUUUCAAUUUCGUAACGGCGACGGGUUAACGAGUGGCACAAAAAUCCGUUUUACGGCUUUUGAUGUACGCGAAAAGAUUUCCAAGACAGCUGUGCCUUUGGGAUCAGCUGAAAUUCCGCUCGCGCUGAUUCAGGAAACGACGCGAAUCCGGAUUCCGUUGCAACAUUUGAACAUCACGAAGGGAUUUAUUUCGGUGACGUCAUGGGCACCGGAGGAAGAUAAGAAAGUGAUGCGAUCGCCAGCGAGAAAGUUGGAAACGAAGCCAGUGAAAUUGGGGCAUCGAAGAUCGCAGUCGUUGCCGCCAAAGUUGGGCGUGAAGUUGUUCGUGCCGCCGCAUUUGAAGCUGAAUUUGUUGUUUGCGAAUCCAGUGAUGCGAACUUAUCGUCUCCAAUCUGGCUUGGGAGGCGACAUCAGCGUUCACGAGUUGAUGGCUGAGAGUAAAUUCACCUAUUUAAUCCCGCAACAACUUCUAAACAUCUGGAUCGCGCGCGAAAAGGAGCUUUUACAAGAAAUUUCCGGCAUGGGCGAACUCGGCGGCAUUUGGCGCAACAAACAAAUGCAACUUUUGGACAAACACCUGAAACUUCUCAAAGAUUAUUCGCAAGCAAAGCAAAAUUUGCAACAAUGCGACGGAAAAUUCUUCAAACCAUCAACCAAAAAAGCUGACGAAGCCUUCGAAUUCGCGCCCAUUAACUUGCAUCUCCAACGAAUGUGGGCCCAUAACAACACCUUGAAGCGUUCCGGAUGCCUCGAUGUCGUCACUGUGGGCGCCUUUACACGUCACACCGGAAAAUCCAAAACGGGCGGCUUAAUAAAACUCUUGCAUCAGCUCAAGGACACCCCAACUCGCGGCGAUGCCAAUACGCACAAAGUCCAAGCCGCCAACGACGCCGUUCAAGCAAUCAAAACGUUGCGCAAAGAAAUCGUCGAAAUCAUGUCGCAGCUUCUUUUGCUCGCGAAAACGAAAAACCCGAAAGGAAUGUUGCCACUUUGCAAUGAAAUGGUCACAAAAACACGUUCGUUGCUGACAAUUUGGGAACCGGGACUCGUACAAGAGACUUUUGAGUUUAUCGAAAUGCAUCGGAUCAUCGAGGAGCCCGACAACAAUUCGCCGUUUAAGAAAAUUACGCAGCAAUUGGGAGAUUUGGACCUGAAAUCGCCUUAUUUGGAGGAUUUUGCGACACCCAUGGGACCUGUGCCGGAUUUGUGGCCCAAAGAAAAUGCGGAAACGAAAAAGUUAGGACCUGAAAAUUUGACUGACGGCACUGAAAAAAGUCGCGAUGAGAUCAUGUCGUGCUCAUUGCCGCCAAAUAGCUUCCAUUUUGACUCGGAAAAUGCGAAUUUGGAGAAGAAAUCUGACACUGGAUCGGUUAAGGAGACACAUUUCGAUGUCAGUGGCGACGUUAUUGAAAAUAAAUCGGAUGAAAAUAAAGAAAACGAAGCCGCAGUUACUGAUCCAGUUUCGUUGCCGAGUGAUUUGAAUGUGGUUCGUUCGGCGAUUCCGUUGCACGUUUUUGAUCCGCUUGACGAGGAUCGGUGGUUGUUCGGGCAUAAUGGAGCCUUUUUGGAUACUAAGAUGAUGAACUCCAACCCCUCUGCCAACUACUAUCGUCCUACAGAGGAACCUGAACCCCUCGAUUUAACGCAACUCAAUAUCGAAGCAAGUGUCAUGUGUCUCGUAAGCAAAAUUAAGUUCCUGUGCGGUCGUUGCGGAAGUCCCGCUGUUCGUUUACGUCAACCCAAAAAUGUCUGGGGUCUCGGAAAUACCCCGGCAAAUGCUACUUCUACCCAAGAUGUCAUCUCGAAUCAACCGGAAGCCACCAAAGACGAGAUUAACGGCAACAAAUUAUCCGCCACAAAUAAUCCCAUUGCAACCGACAGUCUCGCUCUGACAAAAGCUGUUGGCGAAAUGACGCGAAAAGUGAAAAAAGGCAACAAAUUCACAGAUGGCUUGGAUUUGUCACUUACCACGGACUGGCAAUCGGAGUUACGACCUUCGAUGAAGAAAUUGCGCCAAGCCAUGGAUGGAUUGUUGAAAACGGCGCGAUUGAUGCAUUCUGUGCAACGAUUGCAGCAGGACGAGCGAAAAACCAGCACGAUUCUUUCGAUUAUGUAUCGACGUGAUAUUUGUUUCUCACAAGCUUUGACAACUUUGAUCACUGGUUUGAUGACGCGAUUGUGGGCAACGAGCAUCAGUGAUCGUUAUAUCAGCAUUUUGUGUCAUUUGGGUCCUCUGGCGUACUUUGAGGGACUUCUUUCGCUCUACGGAAACGAAGUUGACAUGUGGGGCGAUUUCGUCGUUGCAGUUGAAGACUUAGCUACUGUCAAUUUCACUCUUACUCGCAGCAAUAUUCAACGUGGAGCAAAUGUCUUGCCAUGUCCCAAGGUCACUGGAUCCCGACAAUCCAUCACAGUGUUUCUCCCGGUGCCCGAAUCUUUGGCUUAUAUUUUGCCAGCGAAGGGAAACAUUAGUUUCAAGGUCACGCCGGUCUUUUUCAACAUUGGAAUCAACGAAAAGGCGGCAAUUGCGGAGACUUUGGGACUCACGAGGGAACAACAUCGCAGUAAUUGGGACAAUUUUGAUCGUUUGAAGCAAUAUCACAUUCGUUUUAAGAAACUUAAUUUGAGUCCGGGCAAGUCGCUGUUGCCAGAUAUCGGAAAUUUGAUGCAAUCCAUGGAAGAGGCGUUGAAGCAAAAUGUCUCGAAGAAUGUCAAGGUCAUGCAACUUGCGGAAGAUGUUUGUCGUGGCUUGGAUGGAUUGCGAUUUACUUCGUGCAAGAGCGCAAAAGACCGAACAGCGAUGGCAGUGACGUUGGAACAAGCUCGUGUCUUGCAAAAUGAGUUCCAUUUGCCAGCGAAUGACCUGCAAAAAGUUCUUGAUACCAUGAGAAGCGAGGGCACCCGCAGCGAAAACACCAAAAAGAACGUUGGCCAAAAACGUUAUGCAUUUAUGAAUCCAUCAUUGUCGUUGCCAGCAUUGUAUCGACCUCCAGCUGGCACGUACGGAAAAGUACAAUCAUAAGUCUCUUCUUAUCACUUUUUUACAACUUUUUCAUCUUUUUUUAAUCAAAAAGUAAAUACAAAAUUUACUUAAAAAGUUCUUCCUGAAAAACUUAAUAAUAACGAAAAAAUUGAAUUACAAAAAAAAAAUCACUUUUUGAAUAAACUUUACUUAACUUCUUAUCGCUCCAAAGGAGUUGCCAAAGUGAAUGACUCUUUUAAAAAAAAAAAAUUUUCUUCGACAAAUCUUUUAAUAAAAUUUGAUAAAAGUAGUUAGUAGCGAAAAACUUACAAAAAAAAUCAAUUCGUACUUAUUCGACAAUUGAAUUUGAUAAAAAAAAAUAAUUUAAUCGUAGUUUUUAGUAUUUACAGGAGAUCUUAACACAAUAUACUCGUAAGAAACUCUUCUAAAGUAGCCUGAAUUAGAGAUUAACUAAAUAAAAUAUCUACAGGGAAAGUUAAUAUGAGCGAAAGUUCGUUGUUGUGCGAAAGUGCUUAAAAAACUUUUUAAAACAAAGAAAAUUGUUACCGUUUAAGUUUAAGUUUUUUUUCUGAAUGUUCGUUUUUUUUGUUAAACGUAAAAUAAUGUUUCCAAAGUUGUUAAAAGGAAAGGUACAAGCUAAUAAUAUUUACUUCUUAAAAUAUUAGAGAUUAGGAUGAAAUAGACAGUAGUUUUUUGAGGAAUGAUAAAAAAUUUAGAAUUGUAGAAAAUUUUUUGAUCCAUAUUAGAUAUGAUCUUCCGGACUAUUUAUAAACAUUUUUAAACGUAUUAGGAGUAAUAAUUAGAUGAA